GAUAAGAAACCCGAUGUUGAAGUAGUUUGCUACUGGGGAAGCUGGUCUGUAUAUAGAAAAGAGAACGGCAAAUUUGCAACUAAAGAUAUUGACGUCAAAAGUUGUACCACAAUUGUAUAUGCAUUUGCAGGUCUUAAUUUAGAUCAAAGGACAACAUCACUGGAUCCCUAUAAAGAUGUAACUCUGACUGGCUUCGCAAACUUUACAGCCCUUAAAGAAGAUAAUCCUUGUUUGACAACAAUAUUAGCUAUUGGUGGCUGGAAUGAAGGUUCUAGAAAAUAUUCUGUGAUGGCAAAUUCACAACAACUACGUCAAAAUUUUGCAGACAGUGUCAUAGCAUUUUUAGCGUUCUAUGGAUUUGACGGAGUUGACAUCGAUUGGGAGUAUCCCACUACCAGAGGUGGUAUUAAAGAAGAUGGAGAAAAUUUUAUUUCUGUUUUACAGGAACUGAAGAGUAGGUUUAAAAAGUACGAACUAAAACUCUCCAUUGCUGUUUCCAUAGAUGUAGACUUGAUUAAUACGGCAUAUCUUGUACCAAAAUUAGUUGAUUUGGUUGAUAACGUCAAUGUGAUGGCUUACGACUAUGUGACAUCAAACUCAAACGUUACUGGACUCUCUUCUCCAUUGUCAAAAAUAAAAGACACUAUUUCGCAUUGGUUGCAAGCAGGACUACCAUCGAAAAAGCUUUUCCUUGGCAUUCCAGCCUAUGCUAAAACUUUUAUAUUAGCCGAUACAGGAAAUACAGGUGUAGGUGCUCCAGUCACAGGUGAGGGAGACCCAGGAGAGUUUACUCAGGAGGCAGGAUUGUUGGCAUAUUACGAGGUAAAAUCUUUGAUGAAUGAUCCCACUGAGGUUGCUACAACUGUUGAUGAUACAAAUUAUUUUACCUUUGAUAAGUAUUGGUUUACAUUUGAUACACCUGAGACCGUCAAGACGAAAGUUAACUAUGCAAUGGAACAGAAACUUGGUGGAAUUAUGUUUUGGGCUCUUGAACUAGACGAUUUUAAUGGAGAUUAUGGUGAUAAAUAUCCAUUAUUAAAUGCUAUAACAGACGCUAUCGCAAAUUACAGUCCUUCCAAUAACAAAAAUUAAAUAAUAUCAAGUGAAAAAUAUUUAUAUUUAAUUUAUAUUAAAAUAAACAGUAAAUAUUA